AGUGAAUCAUGAACCUACGCAAGGCUAAAACCUGCUCUCGCAUCCAACUCCAAUCAGGAACGGAAUGACACAGAAAACCGGCCGCAGCGCCAACAGACGCGGCUGCUGUGCUGUGUUUGCCUGCCGUCUCUUCUCUCGCCAAUUCUAUUCUUAGGCUAUCUACCUCCCUCCCCACCUGGCGUCGCGACCCAUCACCGCAUUUCCUUCCCGCCACCUCCUCUCUCCCCUCCAUUCCUUCACCCCAUGCACACGCGGGACGCGUAGCUUCGCCCUCGCCUCCUCCCACUACGACGCGCACGGGCGUGCGUGCAUGCGGCGAGCGGUCACGGCCCCUCCGGCAAGGCGACCACCGCCGUGCGCGUGAGAACACCGGCUCGGCUCGUCUCGUCGGACGACUCGCUCGGCGCCGCCCGCGUCCCCAUGGCGCGGCCGCGGCCGCACGGCUGCAUCGUCCACGUUGCCUUCGUAUUCGCGUUCGCGUCUGCCGUCCUCCUGCCGCCGGCCGCGGAGGGUGUCCAGGAAGGCGACGUGCUGGUCGCGUUCCGGGACACGCUGCGCGGUCUGGACGGCGCGCCGCCGGGCCCGCUGCGGAACUGGGGCACGCCGGGUCCGUGCCGGGGCAACUCCUCCUCCUGGUACGGCGUGUCGUGCCACGGCAACGGCUCCGUGCAGGGCCUGCAGCUGGAGCGGCUCGGCCUGUCGGGUGGCGCGCCCGACCUGUCCGUCCUCGCCGUGCUCCCGGGCCUGCGCGCGCUCAGCCUCUCCGACAACGCGCUCACCGGCGCCUUCCCCAACGUGUCCGCGCUCGCCGUGCUCAAGAUGCUCUACCUGUCGCGGAACCGCCUGUCCGGCGCCAUCCCCGAAGGCACGUUCAGGCCCAUGCGUGGCCUCCGCAAGCUGCACCUCUCCUCCAACGAGUUCUCCGGCCCCGUCCCGGAGUCCAUCACCUCGCCGCGCCUGCUGGAGCUGUCGCUCGCCAACAACCACUUCGAGGGCCCGCUGCCGGACUUCUCCCAGCCGGAGCUCAGGUUCGUCGACGUCUCCAACAACAACCUCUCCGGGCCCAUACCGGUAGGGCUCAGCCGCUUCAAUGCAAGCAUGUUCGCAGGCAACAAGCUCCUCUGCGGCAAACCACUAGAAGUGGAAUGCGACAGCUCGGGGUCGCCGCGCACCGGCAUGUCGACCAUGAUGAAGAUCGCCAUCGCGCUCAUCAUCCUUGGCGUGCUGCUCUGCGUCGCGGGCAUCACCACGGGCGCCCUCGGCAGCCGGAAAAGGAAGCCGAGGCGCGCGGCCGCCGAGAGGCUGGGAGGCGGCGACCAGACGCCCUCCAACCCGAAGCUCAACACCGCGCCGGCCGUCAACAUCGAGAACGCAGCCAGCACCAGCCAGCCGCGCACCGCCGCCGCGGCCGGGGGCGCCGCCUCCGCCGCCGCGGCCGCGGGGAAGCGCCCGCGCCGCGACGAGCACGGGCGGCUGGUGUUCAUCCAGGAGGGCCGCACCCGGUUCGAGAUCGAGGACCUGCUCCGGGCGUCGGCCGAGGUGCUGGGCAGCGGCAACUUCGGGUCGUCGUACAAGGCGACGCUCUGCGAGGGCCCCGCCGUGGUGGUGAAGCGGUUCAAGGACAUGAACGGCGUCGGGCGGGAGGAUUUCUCGGAGCACAUGCGUCGCCUCGGCCGCCUCGCCCAUCCCAACCUCCUCCCACUCGUCGCCUACCUGUACAAGAAGGAGGAGAAGCUCCUUGUCACCGAUUACAUCGUCAAUGGCAGCCUCGCGCAGCUCCUACAUGGUAACCGAGGGUCGCUCUUGGACUGGGGGAAGCGUUUGCGGAUCAUCAAGGGCGCGGCGCGGGGGCUGGCGCACCUGUACGACGAGCUGCCGAUGCUGACGGUGCCGCACGGGCACCUCAAGUCAUCGAACGUGCUGCUCGACGGCGCGUUCGAGGCGGUGCUGUCGGACUACGCGCUGGUGCCCGUCGUGACGCCGCAGAUCGCGGCGCAGGUGAUGGUGGCGUACAAGGCGCCCGAGUGCAUCGCGCCGCAAGGGAAGCCGUCCAAGAAGAGCGACGUGUGGAGCCUUGGGAUCCUCAUCCUGGAGAUACUCACCGGCAAGUUCCCGGCGAACUACCUCCGGCAGGGGCGGCAGGGCAACGCGGACCUGGCCGGGUGGGUGCAGUCGGUCGUCACGGAGGAGCGCACCGGCGAGGUGUUCGACAAGGACAUCACGGGGGCCAGGGGCUGCGAGUCCGACAUGGUGAAGCUGCUCCAGGUCGGCCUGGCCUGCUGCGACGCCGACGUCGACCGGAGGUGGGACCUCAAGACGGUCAUCGCGCGCAUCGACGAGAUCCGGGAGCCCGAGCCCGCCGCCGCCGCCGCCGCCUCCGAGUCGUCAUCGUCCUAGGCGAGCACCCGCGCAUGUACUAGACCAAGCAAAUCCCACUGAUCGAUCAGCAAGUCGUCGUGCGUGCAUGCCUGAGGUACCUCCUCCGAGACGAGGAUUUACAUACGCGGCGGCCAUGCGCAUGAAUGAAUCGUCGGUUGCUUAUAUGGUUCAAUCAAUCAAUCAACUAAAGUUGGAUGCGUUGGUGGUCGACUGAUCGGUUUGAUGAACAAAUUAAAGCGUUUGAGACGGGAUGGAUCUUGGUAAUACGGUUUCUGAUAUGCUCAUGGGGAAUUUUUCAAUCGUGUAAAUUGGUUUAGCUUAAUUAAUCUGUCAAAGGAAAAGAGGUCUAGUGACAGUGUUAGUAGUGUGUGAGAGGAUUUAAAUUCGUGUCUUGUAAUUGCGAUUAAUUCGUACAAAUCCAUACUAUUCAUACUCAAAUUAAAAUCAUGUUAGAAUAUAUACAUACUAGUGUUUAGAUGUUU